AAGUUUUCGCUCCCCAAUUUGGCCUGGGGCAGAAGAGAAAAAAUAAGCUAUCUCAGGCGUGCGCGCGGUCUUUGGAGCAGCUUUGCGUUAUGCAGUUCAGCGGAAUAAUAAGUCGGAUUGCUGUCAAAGAUGACGAUGAUGAUGGAGAUGGAGAAGAAUAAGAAGCAACCUGUAGCUUAGAAUAUAAUUUGGUAAUUUGUUAGUAGUGAUCGGUACUACUUUUUUUGCGCGGUGAUUGUUGGUGUGUUUGUAGAAGAGCGAAAAUGUAAAAUCGUUGGAGUUUUGCUCAGAAGAGGCCCACCUUAAAGUUUGAUGUUUAAUGGGCCUUGUAUAAAAGAUUGAACAAGUGCUGGAUUAAGUAUCAGUUUGUUCUAAGUCGUCUUCUAACAGUGUGUCAUCCUGCUAAUAACUUCGUCAUUAUGUAUAGCAAAUUGAUUGUGUUGACGACUUUGGUUGUGCUAAGUGUGGCGGCACCUCAAAGAAGAGUUGCAGCUGGUGGUCCAGAAUCGCAGGCAGUCAUCCUUUCACAGGAUCAGAACCUGGACCCAAGUGGUGCGUACAACUAUCGAUAUGAGACGAGCAACGGAAUUUCGGCUCAACAGUCGAGCUUCGAUGGGGCAAAUGCUGCUGGAGAGUACUCUUACACCGGUACAGAUGGAAAUCUGUACAGAGUAGUGUAUACUGCCGAUACCCAGGGAUUCCAAGCCCAAGGCAAUCAUCUUCCAGUGGAACCCCCAGUACCAGAUCACGUGCUUAAGGGAUUGGAAGAUAUCCGUCGCAGUCCUCCAAGGGACCCAGAAUUCAAUCUGGCAGCUCUGGACGCCACGAUUGCCAGACUUCGUGCCACACUCGGAAAGUAAACUUCCACCGAAAUUAAUUAAAAACAAAAUCAAGUGAAAUUUACUGCAUCAGGCUCACUGAACCCAUCGCAAAAAACCAGUGGAGUGCUGAUUGUUAUUUAAUUUGUGUAAAUAAAUUAAAAUGCUUCAAUUGUAAAACCAAA